AUGUCGGACCAAAAGCCCGUCGAGCAAACCCCCGCGACCGAGCCCGAGAAGCGCGAGGAAGCUGCCGUAGUAGCGGCGGAAGCUCCUGAAGCUAGCGACAAGCCGUCGGACACUCCCGCUGCUGCAGCCACCGAGACCGCCGACAAGGAAACCGAACCCAAGGCUGAGGAGGCUGUUCAAGAUGCUCCUGCUAAGGAAGAGGAGACCGUGAAAGAGGCUCCAGUCGUCCCUGAGCCUGAAGCGGCCAAGCCUGAGGAGCAGAAGCCCGAGCAGCCCGCAUACCUGACCAAGAUUCCUGGUCUGGCCCAGCUCUUCGAGCAGCUGCCCAAGAUCCUCAACGAGACUGGCUACAAUGAGAUGUGGGGUGUGCAGCUCAAGGAUAGCGAGGAUGUCCCUACCGUCAACGUGCUGAUCAAGUUCCUGCGUGCCAAUGAGGGCAACGUUCAGGGUGCCCAGUCUCAACUGCGCAAGGCUCUGGAAUGGCGCAAGAAGACCGACCCGCUUGCUUUGGCUGAGUCUGGUCGUUACAGUGCCACCAAGUAUGGUGGUCUCGGCUAUCUGACCACCUAUGAGCAGGAUGGACGCCCCCUGGUGUUCACUUGGAACAUUUACGGCGCUGUGAAGGAUGUCAGCGCUACCUUUGGCGAUUCUGACGAGUUUAUCAAGUGGCGCGCCGCCCUCAUGGAGCUGGCCGUGCAGGACUUGAAGAUGAAGGAUGCCACCGAGGUCAUCGACUAUGACGGCGAGAAGGACCCGUACCAGAUGAUCCAGGUUCACGACUACCUGAAUGUCAAGUUCCUCCGUAUGGACCCCGCUGUCCGCACCGCCACCAAGAAGACCAUCGAUGUCUUCUCUACUGCGUAUCCUGAGUUGCUGCGCGAGAAGUUCUUCGUCAACGUUCCUUCCAUUAUGGGCUGGAUGUUCUCCGCCAUGAAGCUGUUCCUCAGCCGCAACACUACCCGCAAGUUCCACCCUAUCUCGAACGGCGCAAACCUUGCCCGUGAGUUCCCUGCUGCUAUUGCGGACAAGAUCCCCAAGACCUACGGUGGAAAGGGCCCCGAGCUGAAGGACGAGGCACGAACUGUUCAACUGUUGGAGGACAAGGUGGAGAAGGAGGAAAAGAAGGACGAGACCAAGCCUGCCGAACCCUCUAACGAGACUGCUGCUCCCGCUGUUCCCCCGAAGGAUGAGGAGCCUGUUGCGCAGGAGGCACCUAAGGAGGAGCCUGCAAAGGAAGAGCCUGUGAAGGAGGAGCCUGCAAAAGAAGAGCCUGCGAAGGAAGAGCCUGUGAAGGAAGAGCCUGCGAAGGAAGAGCCUGCGAAGGAAGAGCUCGCCAAGCCAGAGGAACCUAAGGAGGAGCCUGUCAAACAGGAGGUUCCCGCUGAGGAUGCCACUACCAACGAGCAGACUGCCGAGAAGGAGGUGAUCAAGGAAGAGGUCAAGCUUGUGGCUGAGGAGGCCAAGUAA